AUGGAGAGGUCCACCCGCAAAACCAGAAAUGAAAGAAAAGUCAACCUCAAGGUCAAGGCAUCUGUGCACAACUUGAGCAAAACGCAGCAGACCAAACUCACCGUGGGCAGCCUGGGAUUAGGCCUGAUCCUCAUCCAGCAUGGGCCCUACCUCCAGAUCACUCACCUCAUCAAGAAGGGGGCUGCAGAGAAGGACGGGAAACUCCAGCCAGGUGAUGUUCUGAUUAGUGUUGGCCAUGCCAAUGUGUUAGGAUAUACUCUACGAGAAUUUUUAAAGCUUUUGCAUCAUAUCACCAUAGGAACAGUGCUACAAAUCAAGGUUUACCGAGAUUUUAUUGACAUACCCCAAGAAUGGCAAGAAAUAUAUGAUUUAAUCCCUGAGACCAAAUUCCCAGUACCACACACACCAAAGAAAACUGGGCAGGCAAAAGAUGAAUCUUUCACAAGCAGUGAUGACAAUGAAGAUGUAGUUUUAGAUAAAAGACUUAAAUAUUAUAAUUAUUCACGGUCAACUGGGCAUCACUCUGCAAGGAGACCAAUAUCUAUCUCCAGAGAAUGGCACGGAUAUAAAAAGAAGGACCAGACUAUUAGUGUAGGAAAAGACAUUAACUGUGACGUGAUGAUUCAUGGAGAUCAUGAGAAGGAAAUGAGAGCCCCUUCUCCAUACUGGACCAUGGUGAAGCAAGACAACAAAAGCUCCUCCUCCUCGGCUUCCUCUACCUCAGAUGCAUUCUGGCUGGAAGAUUGUGCCCAAGUUGAAAACAGCAAAGAUCAACCGGUAUCAAAGGCUGAUUAGGCAGUG